GAUAUACAGCCAGAAACUGGUCGGUGAUCGCAGUCUUGGCCAGUCCACCCCUGAGUGCGCACGCUCCCUAGCUACCUGACUCUCUACACUCUACCGCGCGCACUUUUUAAUAUGUGUGCGACGAUGAACUGUGUGCUUCUGGCCGUGGUCUUGUCCCUGGGUCUCCUCCUGGGCACUGACGCCCAUGGCUACUACAGUCACCGUCGUUCAUACCGGCCCUACGGUUACUUUGGGGGAGGUGGCAGAGGACCGGGAAGUAUCUUCAGAGGCAACAGAUUCCAAGGCGGCGGUGGGUUGCCUGGUGGAUUCCCAGGGGCCGGUGGAUUCCAAGGGGCCGGUGGAUUCCAAGGGGGCGGUGGAUUCCAAGGGGCCGGUGGAUUCCAAGGGGCUGGUGGAUUCCAAGGGGGCGGUAGAUUCCAAGGGGGCGGUGGAUUCCCAGGAGGCAAUGGAUUCCCUGGAGGAAACAUCGGAGGCGGCGGUGCCACAGGAACCAACGGAGCGAGCGGGAACACCGGAUCCAACGCUAUUAUCACACCUGGAGGAGGAGGGAGCUGCCCCCCAGCACGCUUAGCCUGCCCGUCUACGAGAUCGCAGCCAGUCCAGUGCACGUCGGACAGCGAGUGUCUGGCGGGCCGCAAGUGCUGCUUUGAUGCCUGCGUUCAGACCGAAGUGUGCAAAGCCACCGUCUAGCGGAACUCCGGGAGCCAUCACCGGCACCUCCUCUUGUCCCUUGGGGUUUCCUCCUGGGCAUUAAAUACGAUGGUCUCUGGACCUAAAUAACUCGUAUCUCUCAAUUUGGCAUAUUAACCUUUAUCAGUAUUAUGUAUUAUGUGCUAUUAAAAGUAGCCAACUUAUUUCAAAUGUUUCUUACAUAUUUUAAUUAAAUAACGUUCCGUUACCUGAAUAUCCAACAUAAGUUAAAUUUAUAAACUACUGCCAUCAUCUACAUACAAACAUAGUCCUGUAAUGAUGAAAUAAAACUUGUAAUAAAUAAUAUACCAUUAUGAAAAUUGAAACAGGAAGUUGUUGAUCGUGCCCGAUCUUUGUAUUAUUAAUAAAUCUAUUCUUGUU